UCUAAUCCACACAAAGUUGCCAGAAAAUAUGACUGAUUCUGUAACCUAUGCGCAAAUAAAGCUGAAAACAAAAGGAAGACAGAAGAAAGCUGUAUUUGACCAUGGUGCCAGUUCUACAAUGGAAAAUGAAGGGCCACCAGUAAAAAGGAAGGUUUACUGCACCCAAUCUGUCUUUCUUUUUUCCAUAGUGUGCACCUUGCUAACUGCAGUCAUAGUCAUCUUGGGUAUAACAAUCAUGAAGAAACUGGCAUACAUUGAAGAAACGGAGAAGAUAUGUUCUAUGCAAAACCUUCAUAAAUAUAUCAUUAGUCUUAAUGAUAAGUUUGAAGAGUUUAAGAGUGACAUCAGUAAAGCUUAUCAGGAAUGCAACAGAAAUCAGACAAGUGAGAACGACAUCUUCAAGCAACAUCUGUUAAGAAGAGUCUGUACAAAUGGCACUGGAAAUAAAGGUUUACCCUGCUUCUUGUGUCCAUUUGAUUGGUUACAAUAUAAGGACAUGUGCUACUUCAUUUCCAAAGAAAAUAAAACCUGGUUUGAAAGUCGAAAUUACUGCAUUGCAGCCAAAGCAGACCUGAGUGAAUUUAAGGAUCCACAUCACCUGACAUUCUUACAAGAAAAACUAAAUGAAGGAGAGGGUGGUUAUUGGAUUGGCCUAAGACAACAAUCUUCUAUCGAACCUUGGAAAUGGUUGGAUGGAACUACUCUAGACGUUAAACAAUCUCCAUUUCAUGUUGUUACUAAUUCUGGAAGCAGUCAUGUCUAUAUAACAAAGAAAAAUAUAUUUACUGGAAUGGCUCAGAACAAGAAAAUGUGCAUUUGCUCAAGGUCUGCUGCUUCUGUUUAACUUCAACUUUCUCACGAAAAAAAUUGAGAAGACAACACAACAGUAUUAUAUUUCAAGCUAUAAUAGUCAACCUGCAUUUUUUUGAGUUACAGUAAAUGGAAGUAUUUUUGCAAUAACCCAACAGAAUUAUUUUGCUAUAAUGCUGGAACAUAAGAACUUAUAGGUUUAUUAACUGGUUGAAUAGAAUAGUUUAUGAAUUGAUACACUCCUGCCAUGUCCAUUUUAUAUGGUUUAAUACAUUUAACUUGCUCAGAGAUUAAAAGUUCAGUAGACAUAUAAUUUGUACUCAUGAUGAUUUUUUUUUUCUCAUCGGCCAUUGAAAGCCUAAUCACUCCUGCAUCAAUUCAGCAACUCAAACUAUUUCAAAUACUUAGAACAUUUGAGGUUUCUAGUGGCAAUGUCUAUCAAUAUAUACUGUUUUAACUUCCUGAAAGACACAUUUUUAAAAGGCCAAACAAGUCAGAUGAGACUUCCUUGUCCCCAGCAAUAAUCUCCAGUUCCUACUGAGGAAUUAUAAGGUGCUUCCAGGCAGGCUGAGAGAUUAUAUAAUAUUCCCAAAGUGAUCUGGAUUGGUGGGCUACAACUUAAAAAAUGUACAGUACAUAUCACCUCAGUUGGCUACUUUUGACUUUGUCUAACAGUAGGUGUAAUCUGAGGGACCUCCAGA